CGACUGCUGGCAUUCUAUCCUAUCUCCCCCAAAGGGCUGUUCCAUACGGCGAAUUGAUAAGGCUGGACAAACCAACCGGCACCUAUUACCUCUUCUUUCCAUGUAUGUUCAGCACUCUCCUCGCUGCUACAAUGGCCAAUCCUGUUGCGGCGCCUGCCACGGUUCUUGGGACAACGGCCCUUUUCUUCACUGGAUCCCUCGUUAUGCGAGGAGCUGGAUGCACCAUUAACGAUCUCUGGGACCGUAAUCUCGAUCCACACGUUGAGCGAACAAGACUCCGGCCAAUUGCUAGACGCGCCAUUACACCUCAGCAAGCACUCGUCUUUCUUGGUGGGCAGCUCACGACCGGUCUUGCAGUGCUUUUAUGUUUUCCGAUGGAAUGCUUCUGGUAUGCCACGCCAUCACUGGCCCUGGUCACACUAUAUCCUCUGGCAAAGCGAGUCACGUACUACCCGCAAAUCGUCCUGGGGUUUACUUUUUCAUGGGGCGCAAUCAUAGGCUUCCCUGCAAUGGGUGUCGAAUUGCUUGCGAACCAAGCAGCGCUCACUGCGGCGGCAUGUUUGUAUGCCAGCAACAUUGCAUGGACUGUUCUGUACGACAUGAUAUACGCGCACAUGGACAUCAAAGAUGACGCAAAGGCUGGUAUCAAGAGCAUUGCGCUCAAGCAUGAGAAGGAAACGAAGAAAGUGCUGUCCGGCCUCGCUAUUGUUCAGCUCGGUCUGCUAUCCGCAACGGGUGUUGCAGCUGGACUUGGACCCGUCUUUUUCGUUGGUUCAGUUGGUGGGGCAGCACUCACACUCGGCACUAUGAUUCGCCGAGUCAAGUUGAAGGAGGUUAAGAAUUGUUGGUGGUGGUUUGUCAACGGCGCCUGGUUCACAGGAGGCGUCAUCAGUC